CCUGUCACCUGUUGAUACAGUCAGUCGUCCGUCGUCUGUUAGUGAGAUAGUGGACGGAAUAAUUUUAUCCCGCCAAAACUAUUGUUAUUUUUUAAAACACUGGUUCACUAUACGUGUGGGUUUUCAAUUGUGAUUUUGAAUAAUUUAGUGACAGCAGUUGGAACCUGAUAGAAAGAAGAUUUCCACGCUCAUCAGUAUCAAUGACAAAAUAAGCGAAGGUAGUGGCGGCAUGUGAUGGCCGGCUCGAUGCAUACCAGCGAUAACCCUCCCCGGGAUUGGAAGCAGAGACUUUCGUUGCGGUGUCCGAGACGCUCCGUCAUAGAACAGGAUCUGGCUUCCGUGACGGGAAAGCCCCGGUUCACUCGUCGCAGUCUGAGCCUACGGCAACAUGGCCGAGCCGGUUUCGUGGGCGCCAUCAGGAGUAGGCAGGCGAGCCUAGAGUUGUCGCCGUCCCCUGCGCGGUCAGCGCUGCUUCCAGAGCAGCACACACCGCCGCCGAUGGCCCCGGCAAUUCCCCGGAAGUCCAACUGGGAGGUUAUCGAGCAUUUCUCAUCGUCGUCAGGCUCGCUGACCCGCGGCUCAAAGCCAGCGCAAUCGGCCAACCUCAUUGCGGUGGGCGUGUCCCGCGGCACCAGCAUCAAGGAGGAAGAAGAGGAGGGCGCCACCGGUGACCCUCGUGAAGCAGGCGUCGGUGGAGGUGGUCUGCAUGACGACGCGGAUGUCGAGUCCAUCCUCCUGAAGCCUUCGCGGCCCAGCGGCGGAGCUGCUGCCACCUGGUGGCAUUUCCGGCGCCUGCUUCACCGCCUGUGCAGGUCCCAUCGCUUCAAGAACCCGCAGGUGGAGAUGCUGUACCAGCGGUACUUCCUGCGCAUGAACCAGAGCAACGUGACGCACCUCUUGGUCCUGUUGCUGGCGCUGUGUUCCGUGCUCGGCCUCCUGCAAAUCGCCGCCGCCCUCUUCUCCAGCUCGUGGGGGGGUCGUGAGCCCGGGUUUAUCGCCGUGGGCAUGACCCUCGCCUGCUGUGUCGCCGUGUACGCGGUGCUGGUGGCUGUGUUGUCUCGGCCUGCCCUAAACGAGCUCUACCUACUUGGAGUCUCCUACGUGGUGUUAGCCACGUUCCUGGCCGUGGAGGUCACCCUCGCCACCUACACGCGUCCCCGUUCUCCGUCCACUGGAGUUGGGGCCGCCAUGUUUUUCAUCUACCUCACGUAUUCUCUGUUGCCGAUCCGUCUCCAGGAGGCCGUGGGGGCGGGCAUUGUUCUGUCAGUCGCGCAGAUCGCCUGCGUGCUUUAUGUCAACUACGAAGACGCCGUCUGGAGGCAGGUGGUGGCUAACAUUGUGCUUCUGGCGAGCACUAACAUCGCGGGCGUGUUCACGCACUACCCCAGCGAGUUGGCGCAGAGACAGGCGUUUUUGGAGACGCGACAGUGUGUGGAGGCUCGCCUCACCACCCAGAGAGAGAACCAGCAACAGGAACGUCUUCUCCUGUCGGUGCUACCGCGCCACGUGGCCAUGGAGAUGAAGGCGGACAUCGCCGGGAAGCCGAAGGACACGAUGUUCCAUAAGAUCUACAUCCAGCGCCACGAGAACGUCAGCAUACUGUUUGCUGAUAUUUGCGGCUUUACGAAAUCUCGUCCUCUCUCCUGCUGCUUUCCAUUUGACGUUCCUUUAUGCGGAGUGAUUUUGGGAUUCGAUCGCCUGGCCGCAGAGCACCACUGCCUUCGCAUAAAGUUGCUAGGCGACUGCUACUACUGUGUCUCGGGACUACCAGAGCCCAGACCCGAUCAUGCACAGUGCUGCGUCGAGAUGGGACUCGACAUGAUCGACGCUAUAGCGCUAGUGCGCAAUGUUAUGGGUGUGAACGUGAACAUGCGGGUUGGUAUUCACACUGGCCGUGUGCAUUGUGGAGUGUUGGGCCUCCGCAAAUGGCAAUUCGAUGUCUGGAGCAAUGACGUCACGCUUGCAAAUUACAUGGAGAGUGGCGGCAUACCAGGGCGAGUUCACAUUACAAAAGAGACACUGCGUUACCUGGAUGGCGACUAUGAGGUGGAGCCAGGCCAUGGCGGGGAGCGUAAUUCAUACUUGCGCGAUCACAACAUCGAGACGUUUCUUAUCGUUCCAGCCAACACGUACCGCACGACCAAACGGCCAGCCAACAGCUUUUCAAUGAAUGGAAGCAUCUCAAAGGAGUUGCGCGUUAUGGGCCAUGGUUCACAGCAUGGCAAGCACACCAAGGUGGGGUUUGGAGAGGGCCUAGAGGAGAAAGACCCUGAGGAUGAGGUGAACGAGUACCUGAUGAGGGCCAUUGACGCACGUAGCAUUGACCGACUUCGGGCAGAGCACUGCAAGACCUUUCUUCUCACCUUCCGGCGCCCUGACAUCGAGGACAAGUACUCGAAGGAGAGGGACCGUAUGCUGUCCACUUAUUUCUGUUGCUCCUUCUUUAUCUUCCUGUCCAUUCUCGUGGUUCAGCUGCUCAUCAUCCCGCAUUCCCACCUGAUGCUCAGCUCUUUCAUAGCGGGUGGAUGCAUCGUCACUCUCAUCAACUUGGUGGUGCUGGCUGAGAGCAGCAAGGUGGCACUGCCAGUUCUGCGUGGGAUCUGCAGAAACCGGGCUGUGGCACAAAUGUUGGCAGCCACCGUGCUCCUUGUCACGUAUGCCAUCACAUUGUCUCCGAUGUUCACGUUGCGGUCAGAGCUGUGUCCCAUAAACGUACUGCAACCCACCAUGGAGUUGAAUGCAACAUUCAGCAGGGGACAGCCAGAGUCGCAACUGCCCGAGAACACCACAACAACUCAAUGUCCCCCACAAGUUAGCCACAACCAUGAUUACUUAGACUACUUCACAUUCUGUGUGCUGCUUGUAAUGAUUAUGUGCGCAGUUUACCAAAUCCUCAUCAGCCUUGCCAAGUUGGUCAUCUUGUCAUGCAUCUGCACUGGCUACCUAGCACUCAUUAUGUUUUAUGUGGGGAAUAGGAGUGAGAUGUUAUGGUACCGCUACCUCACAGUGGUGAUUCUGCUGAGUUUUGUCGUAGCCCUUAUCAUCCACAGCCAGCACACCGAGGCGACCUACAGGCUCGAUUUCCUAUGGAAGCUCCAGGCCACUGAGGAGAAAGAGGAUAUGGAACAUCUGCAGGCUUACAACCACAAGCUGUUGGCAAACAUACUUCCAGUCCAUGUGGCAGAGCACUUCCUGUCCAGUGAAAAGAACGCAGACGUAAGUGUAGCUGCCUCCAUAUCUGAUGAACUGUACCAUGAGCAGUGUGAGUGCGUGUGCAUCAUGUUUGCCUCCAUUCCCAACUUCUCUGAGUUCUAUGUUGAACUGGAAGCAAAUAAUGAGGGUGUGGAGUGUCUCAGACUACUCAAUGAGAUCAUCGCAGACUUUGAUGAAUUGCUGGCUGAACGUCGCUUCCGCUACAUUGAGAAGAUCAAGUCAACGGGCGCCACCUACAUGGCUGCCUCAGGUCUCACAAAGAGCACAUGCGACAUGCGUGGGUACCAUCAUGUGACUGCAAUGGCAGAUUACGCACUGAGGAUACGGGAGCAACUUUCCUAUGUCAAUGAGCAUUCCUUCAAUAACUUCCGAAUCCGAAUAGGGAUCAACAUUGGACCUGUGGUGGCUGGUGUGAUUGGUGCUCGAAAGCCUCAGUAUGAUAUCUGGGGGAAUGCAGUUAACGUGGCCAGUCGGAUGGAUUCCACAGGUGUACUGGACCAGAUACAGGUGACACAGGAGAUGUACCAGAUCCUGCAUGCCAAGGGCUACCCUCUUACCUGUCGGGGCACCAUCAAGGUCAAGGGGAAAGGUGAGAUGGUGACAUAUUUUCUGAAUGGAUACUCCAGCAUUGCCGCAACGCCGUCGAGUGCAGGCACCCCUAGCCAAGAUCCAAGCUAGACACAUGGGUGUGUUGGUACCAAGGUGUAGGGUUCUGAAGGUUCUGUCUUGUAGAUAUUAAUUAACUUGGUUGCAAACAUCAUACUAUAGAUCUCCCUCCCUCUCAACAAUACUAACAAUUGGCAAGUUUGUAUGGUGGCGAAAUCACUGUGACCAUUCACUGAAAGAUCUUUAAGUUCUAAAAGACAGGUCUUUAGAAAAUAUGCCAUUUUUUGAAGAUGAUGUAUAGAUAUAAUAUUAACAUGGUGACCACACAGUAUUUUGUUUUCAUGACCAUACUUCAUGAGCCAAUAUAACCUGACAUUUGAAAUGUUAUAAAUAUGUAGUAUGAGUGACAGUCACACUUAAAAUAUAUAAUCCUUCAGAACCCUAAAAUGCACCCUGUCAUGGUAAGUCUGCAGAACUUCUGAUUGAAGCACCAAGAUGUCAGAAGAUAGUUGUACCAUAUGCCUCUGGUGAAAUGAAACUGUGCCAAAUCCUUCUCCAAUCACAGCGUAGAACUCUAGUUAUCAUAUUUAAACAGGGUACUUAGUGAAAUUGUCGCCCUCGGUGGACUAGUGGUUAGCGUGCUCGCCACUGGACCCAAGGUUCGUGGGUUCAAACCCAAACGAGGUCGGUGGAUUUUUAAGGGUGAUAAAAAUCUGUAGC